GAGUUCAAAAUCGCUGGCACAGCUCCCACAGGUGGAAGUUCGUUGGCAGGCGAUGCCGGAUUCCCACCUCGUCGCACCCACACAAAACACCUUUGGCGUACGCACCUCGUCGCGCGAAUUCACCACAUCAACUCGAACUGAAAACAUUUUUCGAAGGCAUUUCUAUUCGUCGGCCAGUCGUCGUUGGUUGGCCAGAAAGAACAGUGUUGUCCCCCACGAGUUCCCAAAAGAACUUCAGUUUGUUUACCGAAUCGAAUUGAAUCGUUGGAGAGCGAGCAAGGCGGAAAAUAGUUUUUAAAUUUGGCCUGGAAUCCGCGGAAUUCGUUUAUUGUGGAGCGUAAAUUCCCGACUAAGUGCCCAGCGCGAAUUCUUGAGCCCAUAAACAUGCAGGAGUUAAUUGUCGGCGGCAUCGCCAUCAGUGGCGUUCCCUUCGCCAAUGAGACGGUCGAGAAGGAAAGUCGCCAGAAUCAGCUGAGUGCAGCCAAGCUAGAGGACCACACGCCGUUUCCUGGCCUGUCCCGCCUCACUCCAUCGCUGAUCCUCUGCGGCGCCGCGGCCGUGGUGCCCGCCUACAUGGACAAACUGGGCGUGAGCUGCGUCAUCAACGUGGCGCCCGAGCUGCCGGACACACCACUGCCCAGCCAGAAGAACCCGCUCUACCUGCGCAUCAUGGCCCAGGAUCGCUCCGAGGUGGACUUGGCCAAGCACUUCGACGAGGCGGCCGAUCUGAUCGAGGAGGUGCGCCUCUCCGGCGGCUGCACGUUGAUCCACUGCGUGGCCGGGGUCAGCCGCUCGGCCAGCCUGUGCCUGGCCUAUCUGAUGAAGCACGCCGGGAUGAGCCUGCGCGAGGCCUACAAGCAUGUGCAGGCCAUACGUCCGCAGGUUCGCCCGAACUCCGGAUUCUUCCAGCAGCUGCGGCGGUACGAGCAGCAGCUGCGGGGCAGCAGCUCGGUGGCCAUGGUGUACUUCGCCUCGCUGGACAAGGAGAUCCCCGACAUACUGGAGCCCGAGUACAGGGCCAUGGAGGACUUCUACCAGCGCUACCGCAGCUCCCUCAAGAGGCGAUAGGCCCGGUGUGCCGCACUUAAUCUUACUUGUGAUACUCGUACCCUACCACUAGACAUAGAUUAGAUGUUUAAGUUGUGUGUGCUUAAUGAUAACCAUGAAAUGCUGAAACUUACAUAAGAUGUACGCUUAAGCCUCGUUCGUAAUUACAAAUACACUUUUAUUUUCGUUUAAGAACAUUGAA